AUGGGCCAAAAGAGAGGACAUGAUUCUAAAGCCCAGGCGCUCCAGACGAAAAAGCGCAAGAAGUCCACCAAGGCCGAUGUAUCGGAUGAAGGUGCCAAUGCCUUUGUCGGAGUGGAGGACCUCAACUGGAAGGAAGUCGCGCUUCCUGACCGUAUGGAAGAUGCAGAGGGAUUCUUCGGCUUAGAGGAGAUCGACGGAGUGGAUAUUAUCAAGGGAGAAAAUGGCGGCGAGGUUCAAUUCAAGGCCAAGUCGGGAAAGCCUAGAAAAUCAAUUUUGAAAGCCCCCGAGGAGGGCGAUGAGGACGAGUGGGCUGGCUUCAGCGACGACGACUCGACCGACAAGGCUGCCAAGAAGACUCCCACGGCCGAUGCAACCGAUGUGAAGGAAGAUAAGAAGCCCAAGAAGGAAAAGAAGAAGAAUGAGAAAAAGAACGACAAAAAGACUGAGACGACGGCCAAAGAAGAGAACGAAUCGAAAAAGCCCGAACAGAAGCCUAAGCAACAAAAGCCGAAGAAGGAUCAGAGCAUGAAAAGCGCUCUCUCAUUCGAGGCCCUCGAGGAAGACGAGGACGAAGACAGCGUUGAUGUGUCGGCCUGGGAUGUGCUCAAUCUCUCACCCGAGAUUUACACAAGUCUUUCCAAGAUGAAGUUCAGCUCGCCGUCAGCCAUUCAGAAAGCUAGUAUCCCAGCUAUUAUGGACGGCCAUGAUGUCGUCGGAAAGGCCUCAACCGGUUCCGGUAAGACUUUGGCCUUUGCCAUCCCAAUUAUCGAGCACUACCUCGACACGAGAGGAAAGCAAGAUAAGAAGACCGAGAAGUCUGACUCAACGCCAAUCGCAUUGAUUCUUUCUCCCACUCGAGAGUUGGCGCAUCAACUCGCAAAGCAUAUCGGAGAGCUCACUGCCAACGCCCCCGAUACCAAUGCUCGCAUUGCACUCUUGACCGGUGGAUUGUCCAUUCAGAAACAGCAGAGACAACUUGCUGCAGCUGACAUUGUCGUGGGAACACCCGGCCGAGUUUGGGAGAUUCUGAGCCAAGGACAGGGUAUCAUCCGCAGGAUGCAAAAGAUCAAGUUCCUAGUCGUUGACGAGGCCGACAGACUUCUUAGCGAGGGCCACUUUAAGGAGGUCGAGGAUAUCCUAGGCGCUCUUGACAAGCACCAAGCUGGAGAUAUCAAAGACACGGACGAGGAAGCUCAGGAAGAGGAGGAGGAAGAACUGUCAGUGAGACAGACUCUUGUUUUCUCUGCUACAUUCCACCGCGAUCUUCAACAAAAGCUUGCAGGAAAGAGUCGCUGGACAAACGGUGAUAUGUUGGACAACAAGGAGUCUAUGGAUUACCUUCUUAAGAAGCUAAAUUUCCGCGAGGAGAAGCCCAAGUUCAUCGAUGUGAAUCCGGUAGAUCAGAUGGCCCAGGGUCUCAAGGAAGGAAUUGUUGAAUGUCCCGCUAUGGAGAAGGAUCUUUACGUCUACUCCGUCCUUCUAUACUACCCUAAGCACCGGACGAUCAUUUUCACUAAUUCCAUCUCUGCCGUCCGUCGUGUUACCCAACUCUUGCAAGCUCUUCAACUCCCUGCAUUUGCCCUCCACUCUUCCAUGGCCCAAAAAGCCCGACUGCGUUCUAUCGAGCGAUUUUCCUCGCCUACGGCGGACCCAAGCUCAAUCUUGGUGGCCACCGACGUCGCAGCCCGUGGUCUCGAUAUCAAGGGAAUUGACAUGGUCAUCCAUUACCACGUUCCUCGCGCAGCUGAUAUGUACGUCCACCGAUCUGGUCGUACUGCUCGUGCCGGUGCUUCUGGUAAGAGUAUCUUGAUUUGUGCCCCCGAAGAAGUCGUUGGCGUGGCUCGUCUCGCCGCCAAGAUCAACGCCAAGAAGAACAAGGGUGAGGGUGCAUCCAAGAAACUCCCUCUUGAGUCCCUCGACAUUGAUCGUCGGGUUGUGGCUCGCCUUCGUCCUCGCAUCAAUCUUGCCAAGAGAAUCACCGACACAACCAUUGCUAAAGAGAAGGUCAACACCGAGGAUAACUGGCUUCGCGCUGCCGCUGAAGACCUCGGCGUGGAGUAUGACAGUGAUGAGUUUGAUCAGUCUAAGGGCCAAGGCCGCGGCCGUGGCGGUGGUCGUCAAAGGCGCGAGAAAGAGGCCAGUGGUAUGACCAAAGGAGAGAUGGCGGGACUACGCGCCGAGCUCAAGCAGCUGCUUUCCGAGCGUGUCAAUAUUGGUGUUAGUGAGAAGUAUCUUACUUCCGGUCGCAUUGAUGUUGAGGCUCUUCUCCGCGGUGAAGGUAACAAGGCCUUCCUGGGACACCUUGACCCGCUCUCCUUCUGA